UCGGUUUCACUUGCGUACGUAGCAUGCAUGCAUCUGAAGAAGGAAAGUCCUUCCGCCGCCUACCCACGCACACACGACACAUGCAUGCCUGUAGAAUGAUGCAUGGGCAUGGCCACCCUCACCCUAGCCUGCCACCGCUAAACUAACUCAACAAGACACACCAGCUCCCGUCCGGCGGAGGGAGAGGGAGCGAGCGAUGGCUGAGCUCGCGUCGGGCGCCGUGACCUCCCUGCUGGGAGUCAUCCGGAACGAGACGCGGCUGCUGGGUGGCGUCCAGGGCGACGUGCAGUUCAUCAAGGAGGAGAUGGAGAGCAUGAACAGCUUCCUGCUGCACCUGGCCCGGACGGUGCCCCCCGGCGGCGAGCACGACGAGCAGGUCCGCACGUGGAUGAGCCAGGUCCGGCUGCUCGCCCAGGACUGCAACAACUGCAUAGACCUCUACCUGUACCGCGGCAAUCCCGACAUCCACCUCGCCAAGGGCGGCCUCUGGCGCUACCUCCUGUGGGUUCCAUGGUUCCUGCAGAAGAUGGUCGCGCAGCACCGCGCGGCCAUCCAGCUGCGCGAGCUCAAGGAGCGGGCGCGCGACGUCGGCAAGCGGCGGUUGAGGUACGGCGUGGAGGUCCCGGCGAAGGCAGUAGGGCAGUCGCCUCCAGGGACUGGGCCCACGGCGGCGGCGACGCCAUUGUCGUCAGUGGAAGCGGCAGCGGCACCUGCUGCAGGAGACAAUGAAGACGAAGACGGUGACCAUCAACUGGUGGUGGCAACGGCGACCCAUCAUUCUGGUCCAAGAGGAGCCCUUUUUGGACUUCGCGUUCCGGAGGACUACUUCAACGAGAAGCUAGCCGACUGGAUAGCCAACACCGGAACGACGGGAUCAAUAAUGCCAUCCAUCGCCAUUGUGGCACCGAAUGCAAAGGAUGCCGGCGCUCUUGCGAAUGAAGCUUUGGCUGUGGCGAAGACCCAUUCCCAACGCUGUGUCUUGGUCGACAUCCCGGCAGUGCACUAUUAUUUCGUACGGCUAGAUCCCGAGGACAUUCUCCGCUACAUCUGGCGGGAGCUCGACAUCCAGCUUGCCAAAUCCCAAUCCCAGCAGGAAGGCACAAGUCAAGGCGAGGGGGAGAAGCUGCAUCUUCAUUGGCGUAGCAAAGGAAAACGGGGUAUUUACGACGAAAGAUGGGCGGCGAUUCAAGCAAUCCGGAUAAAUAUCCAAGAAAUGAAGGUUUACGAAAAAUUUGAAAAGAUCAAGAGCGAGAUUCAACAAGUGAAGCGCGGCCAACUGCAGCUAAAACCGGAACUGAAGCAGGUGCAACAAAAAAUCGCCAAAGAAUCCUUAUGUGUACUCCUGCUGCUGCUACGCAACUCAGCUGCUGCUGCUGCGGAUGAACAAGACCAAGUAAGGAAGCAAGCCAAGCCUACAUUAUCAGCAUGGUACGGCCACAUCAUCAAGAAAACAGCCAAGAAGCUUAAAGAACAUAUGGAGGAGGAGCAGGAGGAAGAAGAAGAAGAAGAAAAGGACGAAGAAGAAGAAGAAGAUGAUGAUGAAGAAGAAGAAAAAGAUAAAGAAGAAGAAGAAGAAGAAGAAAAAAAAGAAGCAGCAGCGAAGAAGAAGGCCCCGAUUUGUCUCAACUAUGCCCAAUAUAAACGUAUCCUGCGUGAGGUGUUCCCGAAGACCAGCAACAGCAACCAGGAGCAAGACAGAUCGGCAGCCAACAAAGACGAAGCCAGAAAGACCACGAUCACUACCAGUACUACUACAUUGGGCGAGGAUCAAAUCAAAGAAAUGAUCUGCAGGGCUAAACAAGAAAUCCUAGAGACUACUACAUCAGCCGAGGAUCAAAUCAAAGAAAUGGUCCGCAAGGCUAAACAAGAAAUCUUAGAGACUACUACAUCGACCGAGGAUCAAAUUAAAGUAAUGAUCCGCAGGGCUAAACAAGACAUCCUACCUGAGCUACAGAAAGACAAAUCUGACAAGGAACAAGCAACAGGUGAACCGGGUGGUCUGGUUCCAAACCCUGAAGCUCUUAUUAAAGCACCCAAUGAGAAGUUCAAAAACAUCCUGGAUCAAAUCCCGAAAAUGGUUAUUGAAGAUACCAUAGAGAAGAUUGAAACGAUCCAAUGGAGGAUUCAAGAAUUGAUGAAGAAAAAAGGGAUCGUGGACAAGAUUCAAAAUCAUUUGAAAGAUGCAAGGACCCUGAUCAUCCUCAAAACCGAUGAGAACAAUGAAUUGGGAUGGGAGGAGACCAGAAAUGCUUUGAGCCUGUUGGGCUGCGUCGCCGGUGCAGUGAUCGUGAUUGCCUCAAAGAACACUCAACAGGCCAAAGAAUAUUGCAAUCCACUGCGGGAGCCUUUGGACUGUUCUCUUGUUGGCUUCUACCAUGAUAUUGUGCUCGAGCUUACGGGCCACCAGAUGCAUGAAGACAAUUCCCAGAUUUUUCGUGGCAUAUUGGACGAGUGUAAGUCACAUGAAUUCUGCAUGAAGAUCUUCGCUCAUGCUUUGUCCGCCAACCCCAAGAUGAGCAAAGAAGAGCUGAGCAAACUGCACAGCACCCUGCAGGAGGCUUCCCCAAAAUCAUUGGACAUCAUUGCUAUGAAGAUGUUGAAGUUCUCCUACAACAACCUUCGUAAAGAAUACAAGUCUUGCUUGUUGUACUUAGCUAUCUUCCCUCAAGGACACAAAAUCAGGCGGUCAACCUUGAUAGGACGAUGGGUUGUAGAAGGGCUAGUAACUACGGAUGACUGGCGCUGGUCCAGUUCAGUGCGUAAAGCAGAGCGAUGUUUUGACACACUCAUCCACCGAUGGCUUGUUUAUCCUGCUGAUAUUGGUGAUACAGGAAAGGUCAAGAGCUGCAGAGUGGAUAAGCUAGUUCAUGAAUUCAUUACCAAGAUCGCCAAGAAACAGCACACUGUGGAGACACGCUUGUCACGUCACUUGGCUCGCCACUUCUCCAUUUUCAACGAUCUCCAUCUCCGUGCCUCUGAUACAAUCCAUAAGUUCUUUAAAAUGAUACUACCUGAAUCAUCUCAAGUGUCCCAGCUCAAGGUGCUAGAUCUAGAAGGUUGUCGUUGCUUCAAGAAGAACCGGCACUACUUGAAGGACAUCUGCAACAAGAUAUUACUACUCAAGUAUCUAAGCCUAAGGGGAACAGAUGUUACCCACCUGCCCCGUGAAAUCAGCAACCUCCAUGAGCUAGAGGUAUUGGAUAUCCGGCAGACCGAGGUGCCUGCGUCUGCAACAAGAAAUGUCAUGCUCUUGAAGCUGAAGCGUCUACUAGCUGGUCACAUUGAUCCGAGUCCAAGCAUGGCCAUCGGGGCUAAGGAAUUCUCCAGUGUCUUGAUUCCUGAAAAGAUCGAGAAAAUGGUAAACAUGGAGGUAUUGUCUAAUGUCAAGGCACUGACUAGUAAAAAUUUGAAAGACAUUAGUAAGUUAUGGCAGCUUAGGAAGCUCGGUGUGGUUAUUGAUGACAAGAAUAGUCACUUUUCGAAUUUGUUUCGAACAAUCAGUGACCUGCAUGAGUGCCUCCGGUCUCUGUCAAUCACUCUUACCACAACCAGAUUCGUGGGUACUCCUUCCAUCAGAGAGUUCCCAGAUGGUGUGCGCUCUCACUUGAAACACUCUCCCAAGCUUCUUGAGAGCCUAAGCAUCAGUGGAAGCACAGAAAAGGGGUUGUUUCUUCCAUUGUUGGCCAAAGAUGAUGGUGGUAGUCAACUUAACAAGGUAACUCUGACUAGCACAAGGCUGAACCAGAACGAUCUGUGGAUCCUCGCCAAGCUUCCCAAGUUAUGUUGUGUCAGGCUCCAACACAUUGAAUGCACCGAGAGAAACCUCACCUUCAAGAAGGAUGAAUUCCAAAAUCUCAAAUACUUUCUUGCUGAGGGCUCCAACUUCACAGAAAUCACUUUUGAAAAUGAAGCAGCUCCUGAGCUUGAAAAGAUUGUUCUGUCCUUGACGGACAACCUGAAGUCUCUUUUUGGAGUCGAAAACCUUCCAAGACUGGAGGAAAUCGAGUUGAAGAACAACAGCAGGUUGCUUUCAUUUUUUGGUAAGGCCAAACAAAUAGCCAAGGUGACUCUGACGCAAGGUGAGCUACAAAUCCUCACCACGAAACCAAGCAUGCCCUGCAUAGAACCCUUGGAAGAUUCUUACGACAAAAGCAAGCUUACCUUCAAAGAGAGCGAGUUUCCAAAGCUCAACCUUCUUCUUGUUGAUUGUUCUGUCAUUACCAACAUAAGCUUCACUGAGGGAUCUGCUCCUAUGCUCAGGAAGAUCACCUGGUCAUUCACCAACAUAGAGUCUCUCUCUGGCAUUGACAAACUUUCGAGAUUGAAGGAGCUCGAGCUCAUUGGUGACCGUGUCCCUCAUGAGGUGGAAGAAGAGAUUAAGAAGCAUGAAGACAGAUAUAAUUGUAAACACAGGAAACCAGAAAAUCAAGACCAAGCAACAGGAAACGAACUAGAAGAGGACGAUGAUGCAAGAUUACCCUUACUCUGUUGGAAGAAUAACAAGGUUUGACACUUGAGGAGCAUAUCCUUUCAUUCAUUCAUGAUCGAGUCCCAUGGCAUGGUUUGAUUUGUGCGUGCUCGUGUGGUUUGCUGUUGUGUGUUUCUGUCUCGACAUGUGUGUCGACUAAGCAUGUCUAGUUACUUGUGUCCUACAUGUGUACCUUGUGAUGGUGGUUGAGCAUAAUGAUUGUGUCUAUGCUCACGGAUUUGGAUUUGUGUGGCUUUCCUCUGGACCAUGCAUCAUGCUGCAUGCAUGGUUUCAUGUAAUAAGUGUGAUGCUUGUGCACACAUUUGACUUCUUAUCAAUGUA